GCUUGCGAAACGUUCACCGCUCGUCGACCCACGCACACCAGCUAAUCUUCAUCGAACAGAUCUCGAAUAGUCAGCCGUGCCUUCAACAAAAACAGAUCUCUGCUGAAGUUCACCGAUCUCUGCUGAAGUUCACCGAUCAGAUUUGUUAUAAGUGCAAGUGUGGCCUAAUAGAGAGACAUGUGGACACCUUUUAUGUUUACAUGAAACCGUGUACACAUACAUACAUAUACAAACAAAAGAAAAAAAGAUAAAGGAUGGGAUGUUUUGACAUGUGUAUGUAUAUAUAUAUAUAUAUAUAUGCAUGGAGCCAAGAAAAAGUUUGUGUGGCUAAACAAAAGACAUGUGGAUACCUUUUCACAUGUUUAUAUAUAUAUAAAAAAAAAAAGAAAACAAAGCAUAUGGAACCGUGUGCUUUUAUGGAUUUUGUCCAAGUUCUACAUGUAUAUAUAUAUAUAUAUAUAUAGAGGUGGAAAUUACAUGUAUAUAAAUAUAUAUGUAGGUGGAAAUUUCUUUUGUAUAUUUGUGCGAUGUCAACUAUGGAAAAUGAUGGUGGUGAUGAUUCAACUCUAUGGAGUGCUACCAAUGAAAAGAUUUAUAUAGAUGUUAUGGUAGAUUUAAUAAACAAAGGUGGUAUGAAAGAUGGGCAGUUCAGUUCAAAGGAAUGGACUAAUAUGCUUGAAGCUCUGAAUAAUAAGUCUAAAAGAAACUACAACAUGAAGCAAAUUAAGCAGAAAUUCAAUAGGCUUCGAAGUAAGCAUCGUGAGUUUAGUGAGCUGUUGCAACAAACUGGAUUUGGUUGGGAUGCUGAAACUAAUACUGUGAAUGCUACAGAUGAAAUGUGGCAAAACUAUAUACGGGUGCAUCCUAAAGCAACGCAAUUUCGAAAGAAAGGAUGUGAGCAUUACAAGCUAUUAGGAAUUAUAUUUAACAAGUCAACUGCUACUGGAGUGUUUCGUCAUGCAUCUACUAGUGAUCCACCCAAUACUGAUGAUGAGAUGGAAUUGGAGGCUGAGAGUGCACAUGUUAACAUUAGUCGUGAUGAUCCCUUUUCUACUCUCGAUAAAUUAACAAGCAAUGUGAGGAAACGCACUGCAUCAUCUAGCUCAGAACGUAGAAGUAAAAAGGAAACUAGGUCACAACAAAUGAGUGAUGCAAUCCAAGCAUGGACUGAGACAGCAAAGGCAAAGACAGAAGUUGCUAAAGCUAAGGCAGAAAAAUAUAAAAGUUUCUAUAGUGUGGAUGAUAAUAGUAUUGGUAAUGCAAAAGAUUGUUCCAUUGCUACAUGUGUGAGCCUUCUUGAAGCAAUAGAUGGAGUUGACAAUGCUACUUAUCUUAAAGCAGUAGAAAAGUUGAGAGAGGCAGAUUGGAGAGAGAUAUUUAUCCAUAUGUCUUCGCCUAGGAAGAAGGCUUGGUUAGAUAGUCUUUAGCUAGAUUAUCAUAUAUCAUAAUUAUAUCUGUAGUGGGAUUUGAUAUAUUAGGAUUUAAUUUUUUAGAUUUUUGUAUGUUUUAUAUGUUUGGAUUUUUAUACUUUAUAUGUUUAGAUGAUAUGUUCAAAUGAAUGCUAUGUUUGCCUACACUUGGUUAAUGGUGUGCUUGAUUAUUGGAUGGUUAAAUUGUUUUAGAA